GCCGGGACACGGGCGGUGACUGGAGCCGGGACACGGGCGGUGACUGGAGCCGGGACACGGGCAGUGACUGGAACCGGGACACAGGGACAGUCCGAAGCGGGACACAGACACUGACCGGAGUGGGAUAGGCACUGCGCCGAGCCGGGACACAGGGACUAUCCGAAGACGGGACACAGGGACUGCCCGGAGGAAACAGCAGAGUUAGGAAAGGCACAACGCACGCCUUUCGUGCGACUGGUGUAACUGACCCGUGUUCCUCGCAGCACUGGUCUCUCACUCAAAGACACCCUUUAUUCUUCGAUUGCUUCAUCUUCUGCUGCCGGGUCAACGUGGUCGAAGGAGUGUAUUUUCGCCGCUCUUUUCUGGGGGAAAUAUAAAUAAAAAGGCGAGUUGCGUUGUGGCCAUUUUUCGAUGUGUUGGGUUUCCGAUGAUUCUCUAUAUCCUGGCCACUGAGACAGUUAGAAAAGAACAAGCUCGCAUCUCUCAACCGAGUUCCAAAUGCUGCCCUGUGCAGAGUUAGAUGAAACCGCUGCAAUUUUCAUCGAUUGGAAUUUAAUGUAAAGAGAUCACAUUUCAGGAGGGAUGGGCUGUGCUACAAGUACCGACCAGAGGACAAACAGUUUCAGCCACUGGGACCUGGGCAACGGGACUCCCACUGAAGCUUGGCAACAGGUUAGUCUGUUCCCACGGCUGGUUUGCUUGGAAGAUCAAGUGGCAUCGUUUGAACACUCUCAGGCGAAGACAUUUGUAGCUUUGCAUGACUAUGAACCAACAAGUGAUCGAGAUCUGGGAUUUAAGAAGGGUGACCGCCUUAUUGCCAUAUCAGAAAAAGGGGACUGGUGGAAGGCUAAAUCCUUGGUUUCCGGCAAUGAGGGUUUUGUUCCCAGUAACUUCAUGGCAAAAGGGGACACAGUGGAAGUGGAAAACUGGUUCUUCAAAGGAAUAAGCCGGAAAGAUGCGGAGAGGCAAUUGUUGUCUCCAGGCAAUAAAUUGGGAACUUUCCUAAUCCGGGAGAGUGAAACUAGCAAAGGUUCCUUUUCACUGUCUGUGAGGGACUAUGACUCUAAAUAUGGUGAUAUGGUGAAACAUUACAAGAUUAGACUCCUUGAUGAUGGCGGUCAUUACAUCACUCCUAGAGCCACGUUCACUAAUUUACAAAAAUUGGUUACGUAUUAUUCAAAAAGUUCCGAUGGUCUGUGCCAGCGUCUAACCAAGCCAUGCCCGAUGCUGGCUCCUCGAAAACCCUGGUGGCCAGACGAGUGGGAAAUCCCAAGAGAAGCCGUGAGGAUGACAAAUAAACUCGGAGCUGGGCAGUUUGGCGAAGUUUGGAUGGGUUACUAUAAGGACAAGACUAAGGUUGCUGUCAAAAUGCUGAAGGAGGGGAGCAUGUCUCCACAGGCUUUCCUGGAAGAAGCUAACAUUAUGAAGACAAUUCAACAUGACAAGCUGGUGCAGCUGUACGCAGUUGUGACAAAGGAACCUAUACUUAUUGUGACUGAAUAUAUGUCAAAAGGUAGUUUGCUGGAUUUUCUAAAGACCGAUGAAGGACUUAAGAUUAUGUUGCCAAAAUUAAUUGACAUGUCGGCCCAGAUUGCAGAGGGGAUGGCGUAUAUCGAACAGAUGAAGUACAUUCACAGGGAUCUGCGUGCUGCUAAUAUAUUGGUGUCAGAAUCAUUGGCCUGCAAGAUUGCAGAUUUUGGUCUUGCCCGACUUAUAGAUCAUGAAUACACGGCACGUGAAGGUGCUAAAUUCCCUAUCAAGUGGACGGCUCCAGAAGCCAUUAAUUAUGGCACGUUCACAAUCAAGUCUGAUGUCUGGUCCUUUGGAGUACUUUUAUCAGAAAUUACAACGUAUGGGAGAGUACCGUAUCCAGGGAUGAGCAACCCUGAGGUUAUCCGUAGUUUAGAGCGUGGCUAUCGAAUGCCUCGCCCAGACAACUGCUCAAAUGAACUCUAUGAUAUCAUGUUGAAUUGUUGGAAAAACAUUCCAGAAGACAGACCAACAUUUGACUAUUUGCAGAGUAUUCUGGAAGACUUCUUUACAGCCACGGAAGGACAGUACCAAUCUACUUAGCUACAAAUACCCACCUUGU